AUGUGUGAGGUAGCCAUUAUUGGUGCCGGAUGUCAGUUUCCCGGAGCUGAUAAUCUUGAUGAGUUUUGGAGAGUUCUACGUAAUGGCGAGAAUCACGUGAUAGAAAUUCCACCAAACCGUUGGAAUUUAGAAGCAUUUUAUGAUCCAGAUCCUGCAGUUCCGGGCAAAACACACGUUAGACGAGCGGGUUUUGUUGAUGGCCAUGACAAAUGGGAUUUCAAAUUCUAUGGUAUCAAUGAAUUUGAAGCUCUUAAAAUGGAUCCACAACACAAGUUUGUAUUAGAUAGUACCUUUAUGGCUUUAGAGAAUGCUGGAAUAAGUAAACAGAAAAUAAGCGGAUCUAACACAGGAGUAUAUAUCGGUAUGUUUGGCUCUGAUUAUGCCAAUUUAUUCGCACCUGCUGCCGAUGAAAGCGAUAAUUAUACUUUGACUGGUACCAGUAAUAGUAUUGUAGCUGCCCGGGUGUCGUAUGUGUUCAAUUUGUUAGGUCCAUCAAUGAAAAUAGACACCGCUUGUUCAUCAUCUCUUGUAGCUAUACACCUAGCUUGUCAAGCUUUACGUUCAGGAGAAUGUGAUAUGGCUAUAGCAGGUGGGGUCAACUCACUGAUGAGACCAGAUAUAUUUAUACAACUAAGUAGAGCUGGUAUGGUAUCACCUACUGGACAAUGUCAGGCUUUCUCUGAAAAUGCUGAUGGAUAUGCCAGAGGAGAAGGAUGUGGAAUUAUUAUCUUGAAACCACUAGAACAGGCUUUAAAAGAUAAUGAUCCUAUCUGGGCAACUAUUGUUACAUCUGUCAACCAUGAUGGCCAAACAGUCACACCCAUUACAACACCAUCUCCCCAGCAACAAGAAUCUCUACUUAAUAUAGUGUUUGACAGACACAGAAUUGAUCCAGAAUCAGUAGACUAUAUCGAAGCACAUGGCACUGGAACCAAAGCUGGUGAUCCAGUAGAAGUUACAGCUCUUGGUAAAUUCUUUCAAAAAGAUAAACAUCCUAAACAGAGACUAAUAGGAUCUGUAAAAACUAACAUUGGACAUCUAGAAUCGGGUGCUGGUAUAGCGGGUUUAAUUAAAGUUUUAUUGAUGCAUAAAAAUCAGGAAAUAGUCCCAUCGCUCCAUUUUGAGAAAGCCAGUGAGAAUGUUCCUCUUGAUAAAUAUAACCUAAAAGUACCAACAGAAGUUCAGCCCUGGCCCAAAAACGGUAAUAGGUAUAUGAGAUCGUGUGUAAAUAGUUUUAGUUUCGGUGGUACUAAUAGUCAUGCUAUUAUCACAACCCCAGUGCACCCGUCAAAUGGACCAGAAAAUUACGACACAUCAAUAUCCCAAGAACAAUGA